AUGGCGGUCCAGAAAGGCGUUCUGGGCGAGGUGUCCAACAGGCGCUUCCUCCGUUGGCGAGAUCGGUUGGCGACGGACGAGACCGACUUUUACCAGACCGAGAAGGGUUGCUCUCCUUGCCUGCAACACACAGUACAUACUUUCUACCAAAAAACCACCUUCCCCGCGUCCUCGCCGACCCGGAAAGUACCGGGGCCACACGAUGAGUCCUCGACGGUUGUCGGUGCGGAGAACCCGGGGCUUGCUCGGUUAAGUUCUACCAACCCCGUAGACAGACCGGACCCAUCUGUCGAACUCUUCCUCACUACAAAAUCGGCCGCAUCAACGCUAAACAUCGGAGUCAUCAAAGAAAGCAACAAACUUCAAUCCGCCUACAACGAAACCUACUUACCGUGCAUCAAAAUAGCCCACUUACCCGCACCCCCACAGACUCGGGAAAUGCCGGAGACAUCCGAUGAGUUCCUGACGGUUGUCGGCGCGGAGAACCCGGUUCUAGCGACGAGGAUGAUGAAUCCUGAUGGAAAUCCUGCUGACCAAAUUGCUGGUGCAGCUGCGGCAGUUCCCCCACCGACUUUUGCCAUCGAUCCCUUUGACAAACGGAAGUUAAAGUGGAUGCGGUGGGUGGAACGCCUUGAAACCGCUUUUCACAUUUACGGAGUGGCGGAUGAGCAGAUGAGGAAGAAUUUUUUACUGCACUACAUGGGAUCUGACACCUACGAUGUCAUCUGCGACAAAGUUGCUCCAGAUUCCCCUCGAGCGAGGACAUACCAGCAAAUCGUUGCGACGUUGGAGGAAUUUUUCAGUCCUCAGCCACUGGAAAUCAGCGAAAAUUUUCGGUUUAAGUGUCGCCAUCAAGGUGAUAAAGAUGCUGCUUCGGCUGAUGAAACAGUUGAUGAAUACUUGGUGGCCCUACGGAGAAUCGCAGGUACAUGUAAUUUCGGUGCGUACCUGGAGACGGCAUUAAGGUUGGUCUUCGGAAUCAAACGUAAUGAUAUCCGAAGUCGGCUGCUGGAGAAACGUGAUUUGACCUUAGGCACAGCCCGCGAUAUUGCGGUAAGCAUGGAACUUUCGCGGAAAGGGGGAGCUGAGAUCGAAGGCGGCUCAAUCAGGCAGGAGGUACAUGCCAUGCAUCAUCCAACGGGUACAAGAGAACAUAGAGUGAGCAAAAAUCGUGAUAGCACUGGUAAUCAGUACCAAAGUGCAAGUGAUGCGAGUUGUUAUCGAUGUGGGGAUAAAUCGCACUUCGCGAAUGCGUGCAAAUAUAAACAAUCUAUCUGCUCGUUUUGUAAAUUGAAAGGGCACCUCGCGAAGGUAUGUCUGAAGAAGUCCGCUGCCACGAAAUUCGAUUCCAGAUCAUUAAACAAACCAAAUGCGGUAGAGACAAAUUACGUUGACCAAUCGGACGAGGGUCAAAGCACCGGAAGUGCGGAGAUCCGUGAAGUUUGUACGGUCGAAUCGUCGUCGCGUUACAAAAAGUUUUUGCUGGAUGUGUCUGUGAACGGGAAAUACAUCCGAUUCGAAGUUGAUACUGGUUCGCCGGUUAGUAUAAUCAGUGCGGAAAACCGAAACAAACUCUUUCCCGACGCUCAAUUGCGCAAAUGCGAUACGGAACUGGUUAGCUAUUGCAAUACCAGCAUUGAGGUACUAGGUGUUCUCGACGCGCGUGUUAAAUUUAAGGGGAAGACUACGAAGUUACCACUUUACGUAGUGAAUUCAGGAAAGCACCCGUUACUAGGCCGCGAGUGGUUACAAGAGAUGUCAGUAGACUGGAACAGUGUGAUUCAGGGUCCGAGUGUUAUUAACACGAUUGCUGCUACGUCUUUUUCUUGUCAUGAUGUUGCUGUAAAAACAUUGCUAGAGAAGUAUCCGAAAGUGUUCGACGCCUCGAUCGGAAGGAUUGCUAAUGUUCAAGCUAAUCUUCCACUGAAGAAAAACGUUCAGCCGGUAUUUCUAAAGGCACGGAAAAUACCCUUCAAUAUGUUGAAAACUGUUGAAGAUGAAUUAGAGAAACUUGUUGCAGAAGGUGUGCUCACGAAGGUGAAUUCCAGCAAUUGGGCGACGCCUAUUGUUCCUGUGAAGAAGUCGCAAAACCGGGUGAGAAUUUGUGGUGAUUACAAACAGACCGUGAACCCGAACAUUGUGGUGGAUAAGCAUCCAUUGCCUACUGUGGAUGAGUUGUUUGCUUCACUUGCGGGAGGCAAAAAGUUCUCCAAGAUUGAUCUGGUCCAAGCGUACCUGCAGCUUGAGGUAGCUCCGGAGGAUCGUGAAAUUCUCACGCUGUCUACGCAUCGUGGUCUUUAUCGUCCGAAUCGAUUGAUGUACGGUGUCGCGUCGGCUCCAGCCAUCUGGCAACGACAAAUGGAAGCCAUACUGCAAGGAAUAGAAGGUGUUAGUGUUUUUCUGGACGACAUAAAAAUAACGGGAGAGAACGAUGAAGUUCACUUACUUCGACUGGAGGAAGUAUUACGGCGACUGAAUGAAUACGGAAUACGAGUCAACAAAGACAAAUGUAAGUUCUUCGUCGACGAGAUUGAGUACUGUGGAUAUUCGAUUGAUAAAGACGGUAUCCACAAGAUCCGGAAGAAGGUGAAGGCAAUUCAGGAGAUGCCUAGACCAAAGAACAGAGAUGAAGUUCGGUCGUUUGUCGGAUUCGUAAACUAUUACGGACGGUUUUUCCAAAACCUGAGUAUGGUCCUGUACCCAUUGAACAACUUACUUAAAAAUGACGUGCCGUUCAGAUGGACCCAACAAUGCGAAGACUCUUUCAGGAAAGUGAAAGAACAAAUGCAAUCCGACAACUGCCUUGUCCAUUGCUCACCAGAAUUGCCACUCCUGCUGGCUACGGACGCUUCGCCCUAUGGGCAGAAUUACAUGCAGGUGGACAAGGAGGCGUACGCCGUCAUAUUUGGCGUGAAGAAGUUCUUUCAGUACAUAUACGGCCGGAAGUUCGUUUUGCUUACCGACAAUCAAGCUAUUUCGAAGAUAUUUGGGGAACACAAAGGGUUGCCGGUUAUGUCUGCCUUGAGAAUGCAGCAUUACGGUACCUACUUGCAGAGUUUCUAUUAUGAAAUCAGAUUCCGUAAGUCUGUCAAUCAUGCGAAUGCCGACGUCAUGUCGAGAAUUCCGUUGGAGAUAACCGACCCCGAGAACGAGAUUGAAGAAUCCGAUGCGGUGGAGUUGAGUCAAAUCGACACCUUGCCUUUGACAGCCGCCGAAUUAGGCCAAGCAACUGAUGGGGAUCAAUCCGUACAAAAGCUUAUCCAAGGAAUCAAACAUGGUCAGUUGGUGGAAGUAAAGGAUCGCUUUGGACUAGAACAGAACGAGUUUUCACUACAAAAGGGGUGCUUACUUCGAGGAAUUCGAGUAUACGUGCCUGCCGCCCUUCGAAAACGUGUUCUUGAUGAGUUGCAUUCUACCCACUUUGGUGCAACCCGCACGAAGUCGCUGGCAAGAGGAUAUUGCUGGUGGCCGGGAUUGGAUCGGGAUAUUGAGGAAAUAGUAGCGAACUGCACCGACUGCCAGUCGGUACGCGCAGAACCUGCGAAAAUGAACCUUCAUUGCUGGGAACCACCGAGUAAACCAUUUCAAAGAGUCCACAUCGACUUUGCGGGUCCAUUCAUGGACACUUAUUUCUUCGUCUACGUGGACGCGUUCAGUAAAUGGCCGGAGGUCCAGAUAUUAAAUUUGGCAUCCCGUCCGUCCUGGUAA